ACUGCACUGAUGGAAGUUAAAUCCUAUGAAAUAGAUGUGGUAGUGGCACCCACCUGAAUGAAGUCAAAGUGAGUAAAAUACUGCUUUGGCGCCAUCUGCUGGGCACAGCUGCAGAUGAGCAAAGAUGACCAAACCGGAAGCGGAAACGUAAAGGCUAGCUUGUGGUUCCACGUGCAGCAGAAUUUUAGUCACAGUGCCAGAACCAUAGUCAUGCAAUGAAGCGCCCAGGGUUAAAGAAAGCAAGUAAACGUGUGUCUUGCUCCAAACGUUACAAAAUACAGAAAAAGGUCCGGGAACACAACAGAAAACUAAAAAAAGAUGCAAAAAAGAAAGGAGUAGGCAAAAAAGCGAAAAAGGAUAUUGGAGUUCCCAACAAAGCACCCUUCAAAGAGGAUAUUCUGAGGGAAGCAGAACAGAGGAGGUUAAAGCUUGAAGAAGAAAAAGAGAAAAAAAAGUUGGCCAAGCAACAACAACGGGCUCAGAAGAGAAAGAAGGAAAACGCUGCCAGUAGUGAUGGAGACUGCAAAGUGAAGAAAGCUAGAAAGGAGUUACCGUCACAGGAGGACCUUGUGAAACAGAUGGUGAAACAAAGUGACCCAAGGAAUUCAAAAAAGCACUUUUGUUCAGAAUUAAACAAGGUGAUCGAUGCCUCUGAUGUUAUAAUUGAAGUCCUAGAUGCCAGAGAUCCCCUUGGCUGCAGGUGUCCACAGCUAGAGGAAGCUGUACUGAAGAGGGUUGGAAACAAGAAGCUACUAUUCCUGUUGAACAAAAUAGAUCUUGUCCCUAAAGAGAAUGUGGAGAAGUGGCUGCAGUGUCUUCAGCUUGAGUUCCCAGCUGUGGCGUUCAAGGCGUCUACACAACUACAGGAUAAAACAGUGCAAGAGAAGAAGGCUAGGUUUGCAACUCUUAAUGGAGUAGUAGACCAGACCAAAGGAGUGGCUUGUUAUGGCAGCGGCUGUCUUCUCCAGCUCCUGGGAGACUUUGCAAAUGGGACAGGGAGAGAGGGCUCAGUAAAAGUGGGCUUAGUCGGGUUCCCCAACGUGGGGAAGAGCAGUCUGAUCAACAGCCUGAAAGGGAUGAGGGCCUGUAAUGCAGGAGUCCAGAGAGGGAUCACCAGGUGCUUCCAAGAUGUCCACAUCUCUAAAAAUGUCAAGAUGAUUGACAGCCCAGGGGUAGUGGCGGCCCAGUCUAACCCAAAAGCUGCCAUGGCGCUGAGGAGUCUCCAGGUGGAGGACAAGCAGGAGACUGUUCUAGAGGCCGUCAGGACCCUGCUCAAACAGUGCAACAAGCAACAGGUAAUGCUUCAGUACAAUGUUCCAGACUUCAGAAACUCGUUGGAGUUUUUAUCCUUUUUUGCCAAGAAACGUGGAUUUCUGCAGAAGGGUGGAGUCCCUAACACAGAGCUGGCUGCCUCUACCUUCCUCAGUGAUUGGACAGGGGCAAAGCUGAGUUAUCACUGCAAAGCCCCUGAGAAGCUAAGCCUUCCCUCAUACCUCUCUGAAGACAUUGUAACAGAGAUGCAGAAGGGCUGGGACUUGGACAAGCUGAGGAAGAGCAACGAGGAGACUCUAAGAAGUGUAAAGUUCCCAAACCAGGCCAGCAGCAUUGUCCUCCUGUCUAAAGGCCCCACUGCCGGAGUGCUGAGUGACAGUGACGUGGUUGAGGACAAACCUGCUCAAGGGCCCACUGAGGAGAUGGAGGGUAGCUGUGCGAACCAAGAGGAUGAUGGGGUUGAAGAGGUGUCUGAUGCAGAUGAAACGGAUGAACCACAGAUAAAGACACCAGUCACAAAAGAACCAGCCAAAGUGAGGUUCCAGGUUCCUGUCCCAGUCAACAUUCUCUCCUCAGUGCAGACAGAUGAUGCCUAUGACUUCAACACAGAUUUUAAAUGAACAUCUAUGACCUUCUGGCUGUGUUUGACAGGCAGCCCAAUUCUGAUUUUGUUUUUUCACUAAUUGGUCUUUAAACCAAUCAGAUCAGCUCUGAGAAAAAUUUGAUGUGAUCAGUCAAAAUAACAAUUGGUGGAAAGAAUAUUAGAUUUGGGCUGCCUGUGUAAACGCAGCCUUUGUUUCUCAACGCUCUCAUAUCUUAACCUUACUAGCUGUACUGGCACCAUCUGAAGUUACUGUUUGAAGGCCUGUGUGUGUGGAUGUAACCUGUAAAAUUAGUUGGUAACAAUGUUUUGCCUUUUGAGUAAAGGCCCAGCGGUAAAUAGUUUAAGAUCUGUCAAUGUUCAUUGUGAAUUAUUGUAUAUAGCCUGAACACAAAUAAAUUGAUCCAUAUUUUGA